AUGUUCAUCUCCCAUAAGCAAGCUGUUUGUAUGUACUUUUCCAAGGAGUGCACGGAGGAGAAUUAUAAGUCAUUGUUGAAGAAAAUAGAGGAUUUUGGAGAAGACGUUGGUGGAGCAGAUGUUUGCUGGUUAGAAGAUCCUACAAAACCAGUUUUGGUUCCCUUGCCAAAAAUCCUCGGCGAUGUCUAUUCAUACAAGAGAUAUGCUGCAAAGUCUCAAGAAAAUGAGGAGGAAAUACUCCAAUUGACAACCGAAGUCCAAUUGAUACAGUUUCUAAACACGGUCUUCGUACCUGUUGCUUCACUUGAAGAAACAGCUGUGGUACUUCCAUACCUCCUAUAA